GUGAAAAAGAUAUUGGAUAUUGGACAUACUUAAAGACCUUGGGCCGUAUUUCAAAGUCGCAUAUAUGGUUAACUGAGUCAAUUUAAGAAAUUAGUGUUUAGACCACUCUUGAUGUCUGGUAUAGAGGCUUUAGAAGAAAUAAAAAAGUUGGUUGAAGAUGACUCAAAAUAUUUUGCUGUAAUAAAGGACAAAACUACACUACAAGGACUUGUUCUACUACUUUCAAACAAAAAUAACGUAGUUAUUUCACUGGUGCUGCAAAUAUUUAAAAUUGUAUCUGACCGACCAGGUGGCAAUGAUGUGCUGCGAUCGUUAUUGGGAUUAAGUGAACAGCUUAACGAACUGAUAAAAGCCACUGUUCCUUAUGAUGGUGAAGCUGCUCAUUCCUUUUCUGCUAACGCUGAGGAACUCCUAUCUUUGAUUAACUGCCCUAAUAAACAUGACCAACCCAACCCCAUUAAAACCAAUCCAGAAAAAUCACGCCCCAUGUCCAGACCAAAAAAUGUAGUUUUACAGCUCAGAGGAAUAAAAAGUGAGGAUGAUAUCGAAGUAGUAUGUUCAAAGCUUUUAAAAGUUCGUGGCGUAGUUAGUAUUACAUUUCAACUGCAUAAGCAUCGUGUCCUUGUUUGUACAGUACCUUCGUUAGAUCCUGAGUGCCUUAUACAUGCAGUAUCUUCAGUUCAAAACAACUCAAGUCAGUUAGAUGGAGCGUGUCAGGGAAAUUUAACACACUCUAAAAUCACAGCGCAGAUUGUCAAGAAAAAACGUAGAGUGCAAUCUUUAUGCAGACACAGUUCGUUUAGUAGUUUAAAAUAUCAGCAAAGCUUGCAGAAUACUGAAACCCCACCCUAUUUAGAAGAUGAUGCUGAUCUCUUUGAGGUUGAUGAAACAAGAGCUGCCCCAAGAUUAAGGAAUGCUCCAAGCAAUUCAGAUUCUUCUAAGGGUCCUAUCAGUUGGCUAUCAGAUUUUCUGGAGAAAUCACUCUUUUGGUGAAUUUAGUAGAACAUUCCCUCUCUGUUUAAUAGGUUUUACAUUUAUCUGUAAGAUAGAAACUAUAUUUAGAAAUAAAAACAUGUAUAUACCUUAAUAAAUUCGUGAUACGUUAA